AUGGCUUCACAAGGGACAAUACAAAAACUUGUCACUUGGAGAGUCAAAGAUUGGGCUUCCUGUUUCUUGGCUUGCAAGAUUCCUCUAGACGUAGAUGAAGAUGGAGUUAAUAAUAACUUAAGCACACCGAACAACAAUAAUCUAACGCUCAAGAGGAUAAAGAGGAAGAUGAAGAGUACUAAGAAGAAGAAAUCAGAGAGGAAACUCAGUCUAAGCCCACCAGGGACACGUCAUCAUCAUCUUCAUCUAAGAAGCAGCAGCGUUUCUCCCACGUCGGCGUCUCAGAACCGGCGUUUGAGCUGGCCUCAGCCACCGGCUUCAGACGAAGCUGGCUUCAUUGUCUUCUGCUUUGACGGCAAAGACGGAGGUUUCGAUGUUGUGAAAGAGGAGAAACAAGAGAAGAAACAGAUGGAGUUGUCGUCCGGAAAGUCACCGAGGACGGUGAAUCGUAAGCUUAUUUAUGGAGAUCAAGGGGUAGGAGGAACAGAUGAUAAGAAAUCGCCGGAGAUUAAAGUGGCAACACAAGAUCGUAAAGAUAAGCCUGUCUCUUGUGAUGUUCAUGAGAAUAACGAAGAAGAAGAAGUUGAGGCCUCAGAAACAUCUAGCGGGUCUAAUCACUCAGAUGAAGGAAGGGGAUCAUUUGCAUUUCCUAUAUUGGGACUUGAGUGGAUGGGAAGCCCUGUUCAGAUGCCUAAACUAGAUGAGUUGUCUCCCAAGAAACAGAAGCCGAUUGCUUUAGGGUUCCAAUGCUGUAGAUUCUGA